CAGAUUUUUUGUACACAUCCUCCACCAUCUUUCUCCUCUCUUUAUCCUUCUUCAUCUCUCCUUUGCCAGCCUUCUCUUUAAGUUAUUCUCAAGAUCAAAUAGUUCCUUCUUUGAUCUCACUUGCAUAACUAAAAUUUCAUGUAACCCAAACAAGAAAAGAAAUAUCAUUGAAGAGAAGCUACUAACUACAAAUGUCUAUUGAUCCAUCAUCUGAACGUGUUUGCUAUGUCCACUGCAACUUCUGCAGAACUAUUUUAGCGGUAAGUGUACCAUACGCAAGCUUGUUCACACUUGUGACGGUGAGAUGUGGCCAUUGUACCAAUUUGAUCUCUCUCAACAUUGGAGUGUCACUUCAUCAAAGCUCUCCUCCUCCCAUUCAUCAAGAUCUUCAGCAGCAUAAGCAACACAUAACCUCUUCGGUAACAAGAAAAGAACACGGAUCAUCAUCUAGGAGCUUCGAUCAUUUCUCGACCACAUUGUCAGACCAUGUAGAACGAGAGGCUCCUAGAAUGCCUCCUAUUCGCCCGCCUGAGAAAAGACAACGCGUUCCUUCGGCCUACAACAGAUUCAUCAAAGAGGAAAUCCAAAGGAUCAAGGCUGGUAAUCCACAGAUUAGCCACCGCGAGGCGUUUAGCACAGCUGCGAAAAAUUGGGCACAUUUCCCUCACAUUCACUUUGGAUUAAAGCUGGAUAGCAACAAAAAAGGCAAGCAAAUAGACCAGACAGUUGCAGGCCAAAAGUCUAAUGGCUAUUACUGAAGCUUUUACAUAUAUAUUAAUAAAUGGCUACUAUAUAUAUAUGUAUGUGUACGCUGAUGAUAAUGGAAGAGAAGGCCAGGAAGAAGAAGAUCAUGCGCGCAUUAGCAUUACCUUACUUAUAUAUAUAUAUAUAUAUAUAUAUAUAUAUAUAUAUAUAUAUACAUAUACAUGUAUGUUCCUUUCUUUUUCAUGUGUGGUUUCCAUCUAUAACUUCGUUUCUAGCUUAUAUUAUCCUAAAUAAAUGAAGCCCGAAUAUGGUUUUCACAUUUGAACCUAAUUAUAUAAGAAGAAUCUCCUUUAAGAAGAUCGUAA